CGAGCGUUUGACAAAAAGUGUGAAUGCACCUUGGCAUUCCUGAUCGAUUUACAUCAUUGGAAGGCUACUAGAAUUGAGAAAGGGAUCGCGUCAUUAUGACAGGAGAACAUAAGCGAAAAGGAUUGCUUCCUUUCGUUAUUUAUUCUCAAGUCCUUCUUGUAGCCACAGCUUUUGUCCGACCUAAUGUGCUGGCUGGACGCUUCCCCCCCUCGACUUCAUUGAUAUCUCUGCCAUCUCAAGCAAAUGUUGAUCGCGGCUCAAACAUUUCAGCCACCAAUCAAAACGAGGAGAUUCUAGUAAAAAACAACAAGUACAUCGAGGGUCUACUUGAAAACUUGACUAGCCUGUUGGAUCGCUGGAUCAUUACGGGAUCUCCGAAGCUUCAAACCAGAAUCGGCAACGUGCUGAACAUAAUUGAAGCCGAAGCAAAAGAACCAGAGCUGAUAAAAAAAGCCCAGCGAAAUAUUCAGCGAGCGGGAUUGUCUUUGGAACGUAGACAGCCCGAGAAAUCUACGGUGGACCUCGGAAAGACAGACGAAGAGAAGCGGCGCACGGAGGCUGAACAGCGGCGACAAUGGGAAGCAGAUAGAAGAUCUAAAGCGGUUGUCGACCAACACUCUAGCCGCUCGGUAUUGAGCAGUAGAACCACCCCGAGCCCAACCGGCGAAAAUUUUAUGAAACAAGUGGAUUCCAGUUUGUAUCCUCAAAACUUUGCAAGGGAGAAAAUCGAACUCCAGAAGUCCCUUGAAGGAGACAACGUAGACAACCAGACGGAGACUCUAGCAAAUGACCCUGGAAAAUCUGCAUCGGCAAAGGUUUCAGAGUUGGUAGCUCUAGCUGGGGCUGGAUCAUCUUUUGAAGGGCAAAAUCUAGGGAUUGGAGGGCUGGAUGAUGUCCUUGCAGAAGUCAAGCGACGGGUAUGGACUCCUUUGGCCGCACCGCCACUUCUCUUACAGGAGCUUGGCAUUCAGCCUGUUCGUGGACUACUGUUGUACGGUAAGCCGGGGUGUGGAAAAACUUUGCUUGCGCGGAAGCUGGGUCAAAUGCUUUCGCCAUUGCGUCCGAUUACGGUGGUUUCCGGUCCAGAAGUCAUGGACAAGUUUGUUGGCAGCAGCGAGAAGAAUCUUCGGGAGGUUUUCGAUAAUCCUCCGGACAUAUAUGACUACUUUCGUAUUAGGGAAAGCGACGGAGGAGAAUCAGUUGAGCGAGCCGCUCUUCACGUCAUCGUCAUGGACGAAUUCGAUGCCAUCGCUCGAUCCAGGGGAGGCCGUGGUGGCUCUGGAGAUCAAGGUGAUGCUGGGGUCGCCCGCGAUAGUGUGGUCAACCAAUUACUUGCUAAAAUGGACGGAGUAGACACCCUGUGUGUUCCCACACUUGUUAUUGGGCUUACCAACAAGCGAAGUCUUAUUGAUCCUGCUCUUUUACGACCUGGUCGUUUUGAAGUGCAAAUCGAGGUGCCACCGCCACGGACGGUCGAUCAGCGUGUGAGUAUUUUGCAAGUGCACACGCGGAGUAUGCACGAAGCAGGCCGGCUCUUGGUACGCGAUGCCCCCAUCGGUUCCGCAGCGGCUAGGCAAGCCACUAUAGACCUACCGUCCUAUGACGAACUCCUCCAAAUGUUAGCAGCUGAGUGCGACGGCUUUUCUGGAGCGUCGUUGGCCGGGGUCUCCCGAGCGGCAGCGAGCCAUUCGUUGGAGCGUGCGAUAGAGGUGUUUGCAUCACAUGCCCGCAGUGGCUCUUUGCUCGAAGCGUGUGUUGUAACUCGAGAAGACUUUUCGAGUGCAAUCAAUGAUGUACUAAAUAGUGUGGGGACUGAUGACUUUAAGGAAGAGGCGUCUGCUGAUACAGAAGACGACACAAAUGACAACGACCCAGAUACAGACGAGGCAGAUUAA